AUGAGUGACCGCAGAGCUUUAGCUCCUCCAGCGUCCAGCCAGGGUCCUGCCACACCACGCCAGGGCCCCCCAAAGUUCAAGCAGCGGCAGACCCGCCAAUUCAAAAGCAAACCCCCUAAGAAAGGGGUGAAAGGGUUUGGAGAUGACAUUCCAGGCAUGGAGGGGCUAGGAACAGAUAUCACAGUGAUUUGUCCCUGGGAAGCUUUCAGCCACCUGGAAUUACACGAGCUGGCUCAGUUUGGGAUUAUCUGA